AGACUAAACACUAUACGCCUUAAAAUAGUUAAUUUUGUAAAAAUAAUAAUAAACUGAAUCGCGGAAGGCAUGAGUAAGCGAGAAGCAGCUGAAGGAUGCCCACAGAAAAAUGUGAUUGACCACGAUGUGAGAGAUCACCUGUCCUCACCUGUCAUCAAAGCUUUCAAAGUUUUCCAACAGGAACUUGACACCAAACACGACAAAUAUGAGCGUCUUGUCAAGAUCAGCCGAGACAUUACCAUUGAAAGCAAGAGGACCAUUUUUCUUUUACACAGAGUGACCAGUGUUCCCGAUGUAGAAGACGUUCUGAAGGAGGCAGAUGGAAAACUAGACGGAGUCAGGCAGAAGAUUGGUCAGAUUGCUAAUGAGCUGAGAGGAGAAGACCUCUACCAGUUUCACAGAGCGUUCACACCAGGCAUGCAGGAGUAUGUGGAGGCCGUCUCUUUCCAACACUAUAUCCGCCAUCGCAGCCUUAUCAGCCUGGAGGAGAUCAAUGCCAGACUGGUGUUUAUGAAAAUGGAGAAGGCAGACUCAAAGGACUCACUUGAAGCUCUCCCACUGGGUGCUCAGGUCGUGACCUUCCAGGUGAUGCCUUCAGACUACCUGCUCGGUGUGGCCGACUUGACAGGAGAGCUGAUGCGGUUGUGCAUUAGCAGCGUGGGGAAUGGUGACAUUGACACACCCUUCCAGCUAAGUCAGUUCCUGCGGCAGAUCCAUGACGGGUUUUCCUACAUUGGGAACACAGGCCCUUAUGAGGUAUCUAAGAAGUUGCACACGCUGCGGCAGAGCUUGGGCAAAGUGGAGGAUGCCUGCUACACCCUGCGAGUUCGCGGCUCAGAAAUCCCCAAACACAUGCUGGCUGAUGUUUUCUCCAGCAGAACUGCACUCAUUGACCCAGAAGAAGGUGUGGUUUAAGUCACAAAUGCCUUCAGUUUGUGCAGUCAUCUUGCAUCCUUUAACCAUUUCAGUGGCGGUGAAAUGACACUGUGGUUGUAGUGUAAACCUUUAGCUUCAAUUCAGUGGAGUAAGUCCUAAACUGGCCCUAAGGCUCAUCGAGCUGGACACCCUCACAUGAAGCAGAUGAGAUUCUACGACUCCUCUAUAGAUGGGAUGCCAAUCCAUCCCAGGUUAUGUCUUCAGCCAAGGUUUGUACCCAUAUACAACUGGGCAGACUGGGUCUCUUGUCAAAGGACUAAAUCGGGUAGCCUGAUGUGCACACACCUGCAUAAAUAUUGGUAGCUUAACUCCUAUCACACAGAGCCACUAGUGCAGCAGAUAAGAAAAUAUUUACAGAGGAAUCCUUCAGAUGGUGAUGCAAGCACCAAAUUUGGCACAAAUACACCUUUGACAUCACUCUAUUGAAAAAACACUGUCCACUUGAAUGUUCAUUAGGCGGACAGGUAGGGGUCACUUGAAGAAUUACGCAGGGGUCAAAAUUUUAAUGCUACAGU